GUUUUCACAGUAUGGCCACCCUGAGACAUUUCCCACGUGGGUUUGCCUGCAGCAGUGGUAAAAAACUUGCAAUAUUUGAAUAUAGUGAGAAGGAUGGAGUGGCGAAGAAGGAGAUACAACUGGAGGAUCCAGUGGACAACAAGCCAGAGGACGAAGAUGCAAUCGAGAAGAAAGCGCCUUCCAAAAAUGAGGAGCAUGUCUUGGCUACAUGCGUCUCCCCUUCAGGCCGAUACCUGGCUGUUUGUGACAUUGUUAAACAGCUCCAUCUAUACGACGCGGAGACUGAAUGGACCCGCCUCAUCACAAGAGAGCUCCCUCGGCGUUGUACAGCCGUGACCUUUACCCAAGACGAACUCCAUGUUCUUGUCGCAGACAAAACUGGGGACGUGUACCGAUAUAAAGUAAGAGAUGAGGACACAAAACAAAACUCUAAGUCUGAAGAUGAUAACAAAGGGGCACAACUCAUGCUUGGACACCUCUCUAUGUUGCUGGAUGUGGUAUUGACUCAAGAUGACCAGUACAUUGUGACUUGUGAUCGUGAUGAGAAAAUCAGAGUCAGCCAUUAUCCCAACUCCUACAACAUCCAUACCUUCUGUCUGGGACAUAAAGGAUAUGUUACCAAUCUUGUGUAUGUGAAAGAAAACAACCUGCUGAUAUCCGGAGGAGGGGAAGGGGAGAUAAUUGUGUGGACCUUGAAUGGGGAGAAAUGUACGGAGGCCAUUUGUAAUGAUGAAAGUCAGAGGUCAUCGCAAGAUCACGGUGACUUUGGAGUGAAAAAGCUGUCCUAUGACCAAGGCAGUGGUGUACUGGCCGCUAUUUGUUAUGGAUGUAGUCGAGUGUAUGUGUUCAAGCUGGAGUAUUCUGAGUCGGGGGUUUCAUUGACAAAGUCUGUUACCAUAACAACAAGUGAGGAACCAUGGGAUAUCUGUUUUGACAACGAUCAUCAGCUUUGGGUCCUGCAACCCAUUGAAAGUCACUUGGCCAAGGUGUAUGAAUGGAGCAAGGAUGAUAAUAUGUUGAAGAUCCUGAACACAGAGGGAACAUCCAAGGCCAGUUGUCUGCUGGGGGCCAUCAAUUCUAACUGGGAUUUCUUCAAAGAGUCUGUCGGAGUCAACGCCAGUCUACCUGAGGGUUUGAGAAAGGUGAAGAUCGACAAUAUGAAGGACUAUCUAGAGAAAAAACAGGAACGAGUCAGUGGGAUCAAACGAAAACCUGACCAGUCAGAAUCGACAGAAACAGCCGACAAAUGUCAGAAACAAAGCUGAUAAGCAAACUAAUUAGUAGGAGUUCAAAACACAGAAAUUAUUUUCUUGGACAAAAAAAUCUGGGCAAGAGAUGCUUGGUUGGAUGAUCAUAUCCUAAAAAAAUUGAAAACAUGCACGUCUUGGAAAUAAAUUAGUCUUGGAAAAAAAAGUCCUUGCAAGAAAAAGUAUCUUCAAAAUAAGCUGUUAUGUUCUAGCAAGUCAUAUGCCUCGUUUGAAGAUAAGAUCUUUAAGGCUGUGAUAAUGUGCUUAAAUAUUGUAUUAUGAAUUGACAUUUGAAAUUUUGUGAAAUAGAAGAAAUAUUUUUUUACUUACUUUCAGAGGUAAAUUUUGUAAAGAAAAAAUGAAUUAUUAAGAUUUGGUAUUUUUUGGCUUGAAAUGUCAUUUAACUGUGCUUUAUUUUUCCUUUUUUUUUUUUUUUUAGAUAUUACACAUUUGACUAAAAAAUAUCUUUGAAAAAAUUUGAUCUUUAAAAAAGUCGUGUCUGGUAAAUGAGUUAUGCGAUCCAUAAUAAAAAGAAUAUAAGCAAUGGGUUAUUUUUCAGAUAUAAGGUUAUUUUAAGUUGAUGAUCUAAUAAUAAGAUGAUGUGGGAGUGAAGACACAUGGUGUAGGACUUAAUAAAUAAACACGAUCUGUUCACACACCUGUGACAGUAUUAAUGAAGGUGAUAUAACACAGCUGUUGGGGAGUUUACAUUGGGUUGUAUUACAGGUGGGGAAAGGUUGUGUUACCAGUGGAAGGCAUGACCACCAAUCAGAAGUAUGACUUAUCUUGUCAAUAUGUAUAAUUUACGUUUGAUUAAGGAGACAUGGUUUAUGUGAGAGAUGUUGUCUGAUAGCUGUAUAAGUUAACUGAAAACCUGGGAAAAAAAAAACAGUAUUGCCAUCCAUCUGGUCACAGGCCUUCAGAAUCAAUGGUGAAAGGGUCUUUAAUAGAGUCGACAAUUAAAAUGGACAUGUAAUUAAUCAUUAUAUUGUUAUCACAUUUCUGUAUAUUAAGAUGACAUUCUUUGCUGUUUUUAAAGAUUAUUUGGCUUGUUUUAGCCCCCUUAGGAAAUGGAUUUUGAAUUUUGUAUAUCUGACUUGAUGUAAUCAUACAAAUAACUAGUCAGUGAUAAUGAUAAACAUUAAAAACAACAGAGAUUACCAAUAUAAUAAGGAAACCAUCAUUCUAACUCAAAAUCAAUAAAACUGGCAAAAUAUAGACAAAAAUUAUCAAUUUGUUUUAAAUCGGUUUCAUUUUGAUGACAAACCUUUGAAGAUGCUAAUGCCUAAUAAUUUUUGUGUCAUAAACAUUUAAGCAUUGAUGUCAUUUUUUUUUAGUUUCAUCGGGGUAUGAAACAAAUUUUGUUUGCAAAUUACGCGGAUUCUUACAGGAGUUUGCAAACAAAAUUUGUUACCUACCCCGAUGAAACUAAAAAAUAAUUGACAUCAACGCUUAUAAUUAAUUUUUGAAAAUGAUUUUCUAAUUUAAAACAUGUUUUAUGUACAAUUUUACUGGUUUUAAAUGGGAUUCUUUUUCUCAAAUCAAUAUGCAACGUCAUUUGUCGUAUUGUGACGUCACAUUUUUCGCGCCAUUCUCGGAAUUUCUUUCAUAGAAGAAUGAAAAGAAUUUUUCGACCAAUCACAUUUGAGUAUUUACCAUGAAAACAAAGACAAAUUUAUUAUUGUAGUUUUAAUGUUUCGAAAAUGUCAAUAUCAAACACAUAGUCUUUGUUAAAGAGGUUGCACAGUUCUAUCAUGAUGACAUAUACACAUAUGUACUUGUAUACUGGUUAAAUAUACACAUAAAACGCAAUAAAUAUUUUACCAAAACAAA